CAUCGAGAAGUAGGUCAAUAAUUUACUACUUUUCAAUACGUGUUUUCAAGUUCUCAUAUGUUACGAAGUCAUUUGAAUAUUUUCCCAUAAUUGCUAAUCUGAAAUGACUAUGAAAUGAAUUAGGAGUUUGUGAUCGAUAUGUAGGAACAGGACUUAUUAAAUUAAAAAUAUUUCGCAGAUUCACUGAUAACCAAAAACUUAAGGAUAAGAUUGAAAUAUGGCAGAAAAAUUAGGUAUCAAAAUUGGAAAUGAAGUAAGAGAAUUAAAGAUUGGUCAAAGUUUUACAAAUCCAAAGUCGACGGCAUUUCAUACAAUAAAAUAUGACUUUAAGCCUGCAUCAGUUGACAAAAAUAAAAUUGCUACAGUAGAUGUAGGAAACAAUCAUCAAGUCGCAGUUACUGUUCCCCACCUAGAUGGAUCAGGAGUUCCUCAGACAGUAUUCAAAGGAUCACAAAGGCCAUAUACAAAAGAAUGUGUCUUAAUAAUAGAUAAAAGAACCGGCGAAGUAACUUUAGAACGAUUAUCUUGUAACAUACAAGUUAAAAAAACACGUAAUGAAUCCUCUAAAGUACCUCAUCCAUCAGAGAGGUUAGGUGUUAAUUCCAAUGAACGUAACAGUUCCUCGAGUCUUGCUGCAAGAUCACAAACACCGCCAGUUGGGCAGCGUGUUUCAAGCAAAACUAAAGUGACCAGUGGAAGUAGAAGACCUGAUAGACCAAUCACAAAUUUAAUUCCUAAACACUCGCCACUUCAGUCCAGUCCUCGUUAUCCAUCUCCAAAUCAGCAAAACAAAAGUCCCAAAGAUGAAUUACGCAACUUUAAUAAUGACAAUCACACUAGUGCAUCUGCAAGUUUGCCAAUGAUAGGUCUUGAUGAAUUCCCUGAACCUCGUUUACCUGUCAGUAACUCUCACCACAAUUCCACUCAUAUGAAUACAACAUCUUCCCAACAAAACAAUUCUAGCAUACCAAUAGAAAAACCUUCAACUUUCCACAUAACACCAGAUGAAAUCGGAGAGAUCAGUGACAGUUCAUCAUCAAGCAGUGAUGGAGACAGUGAUUCAGAAGAUGAGGCUAAUUCUACUGUCCUUGAAAGAAAUCUCACAAGCAACGAUAGAAAUAAUGGUCAUUGCAAUGGAAUCCAGAACUCCACCGCGCCAAAAUUCAAUUCAGUGCCAACAAGCCGCUUGCUCAAGGAAGAUCUGUGCCUUUCUGAGUCCGGAUCUGAUUCCGAUUGAAAACCUGGAUAUGUACUUUUGUAUACUAUGAAAAAUAGUAUUGUUUUUUAUGGUCAUCAAUUGAGAUUAUUUGUUAAGGAACAACUUGUGUUAUAUUGAAAAAUUUAUUCCUCAUUUCUUUGUGCCUUAUCUUCUUCAGAUAUGGACAAUUGAUCUGGCCCAUAUUUAUUUAAUGCUGCUAAAUAUAUUUACUGAUAUUUUGUUAUUGUAUCUAUAAAUUAGAAUAUUUUCAAUCAAAA